AUGGGGCCCAAGGACAGAGCCAAGUGCCGGUGCUGUGGCCCUGAGCGAAGCUGCUGGGUGGCCAGCCGCAGUCCCACACGGGCCCACUGUGGACCCCUCUCUCUGUGCGGCUCCAUUGUGGACCAGGACACCAGCUGUGCCCUGUCCUGGGGAGGCCGGGACCACACAGAUGGGCAGAUCCUGGGCCAGCUGCGCCCCCUUGCAGAGGAGGAGGAGGAGGAGGAGGAGGAGGGGGCCAGGGCAGCCCCAGCCACAGGGCCGGCCUUCCCCGGGAUGGGCUCUGAGGAGCUGAGGCUGGCCUCCUUCUACGACUGGCCGCUGAGUGCUGUGGUGCGGCCAGAGCCGCUGGCUGCCGCAGGCUUCUUCCACACUGGGCGGCAAGACCAAGUGAGGUGCUUCUUCUGCCGCGGGGGUCUGCAGAGCUGGGAGCAAGGGGAUGACCCCUGGACAGAGCAUGCCAAGUGGUUCCCCAGGUGUGGGUUCCUGCUCCAGACAAAAGGAAGGGACUUUGUCUGCAGCGUCCAGGAGUCUUGUUACCACCCGCUGGGUUCCUGGGACCAAUCGGAAGAACCCGCAGACUCAGCCCCCACCGCCCCUUCAGCUCCUGUCCACGUGGGUCCUGAGCUGCCCACGCCCAGAAGGGAGGCCCAGUCAGAAGGUGCCACACAACCAGGAGCCCAGGACGCCCAGGAGCAGCUGCGGCGUCUGCAGGAGGAACGGACCUGCAAGGUCUGCCUGGACCACCCCGUGUGCACCGUCCUUGUGCCCUGCGGCCACCUGGUCUGCGCGGACUGCGCUCCUGUGCUGCGGCUCUGCCCCCUCUGCAGGGCCCCCAUCCGCAGCUGCGUGCGCACCUUCCUGCCCUAG